CACCGGGCUCUAUCCAUCCCUGGUGGGAGGGAGGGGAGAGAGAUCGGCAACGACGGGAUUGCAGAGAGUGAAGUGCAGCAAUCAACGCCGAGGAAGUGUGUUUCGCUCCAUCGCAAUUCUAUCUGGACCAGGGGAAGCUAAUUCCAUCACCCCCCUUGAGGUGCAGCGGAUUCAAUGGCGUCGACCUCUGCGUGUGUGGUGUCAUCUGUUGGGAUCGGGAGCGUUGCUGGUGCUGCCCGAGCGCAAGCAGAACAUUGCGCGCUGGGCCAGAGCGUGCUUCUGUCUUCGCGUCGCGCUUCUGUGAUGUCUGGCGUCUCUCUUCCUUCCCUCGCCAGCUCUAGUUACCGAACAGAUGCGAAAAGGUCUUUGACGAUUGUCGCUGCUAAAGCUACCAAGGAGGCUGAGGCCGCCGUGGACGAGACGAGCGCCGCCGCUGAGGAUUUUCUCCAGAGCUUGACGGAAGCGUGGGAGAAGUCGGAUGAUAAGCCCGCCAUUGUUGGACUAGGAUUUGCCGGACUCAUUGGGCUGUGGGCUACUAACGGCCUUAUCAAUGCCAUUGACAAACUUCCCAUUAUCCCAGAUCUGUUCGAGAUCAUCGGCAUCCUGUUCUCUGGGUGGUUCAUUUACCGGUACUUGCUCUUCAAGCCCGACAGGGAGGAGCUUUUGAAGCUUAUUGAUGAACAGAAGGCAAAGAUCACUGGACAGUGAGGUUAAAUUGUACUGUACUAUUCAAUUUGAGAAUUAAAAUAAAGGAUUGUAACUGUUGAGCUACGUGUGUUUUGAAGCCGA